AUGCACGAGACCGCGGCACGAGCUGUCGGCGCGGAUGCAGCAGCGCAUCAUCCAUGCCGCCAUUUCGUGUUGCUAUCAAGCCAGUAUUUUGAAAUGAUGGUGUUCUGGAACUUUAAGAUGGAUGUUUUAUCCAAGAUCAACCACGCUAUUUACGCCAAGCGAGCGCUUUGGGAUCAGCCACCUGCAGGCGAGCUCCAGUUUGUGAGACAUCAGCCACUCGGCAUCACCUUCGUCAGGAACCCGGCCAAACUGGCGAUGGAAAGCCUCAUCCGUGGCGCCGUCAAUAUUCCUGCUGUCAACCAUGUGGAGUUGAUCAUGGCCAUGUUCGCGAAAGGACACUUUUCGGCGAGUGCGGCUGAGCAGUGA